GAGUCCAAAAUAAGUUCCCCUGAGAAGGAAAGGACUUUUCCUCUUCCUGAGUGUCAGCGGUAGCAUCAGAUAGCGCCCACGGUCUGAUUCUUACCGUUAACGGAACAAGCUUCUCCCGCUUGAAGAGCCAAAUACUAUCAUACGUCUCUCCUGACUACAGACGUCUUGGCUCUGUGUACAGCCGGGUACGGAUGCAGCUCCCAGCGUCCGGGAAGCCAGGACGGUAGCAGGUCACCCCUGGGAGCUGCGGAACACGACGAUCACAGCCUCCAUCGGUGGCAAGUGUUGGGCGAGCACGCGGGGUGCGCAACAUGGUGCCUCAGGAGGUAAUGAAGCCCUGGUUCUGCCAGUGGCGAUGACAGUGGCGGUCCUGCUGUCGUCUGAGGUUGGUCCUUGGGAGCGGAGCAGGACUCGCUUCACCUGUGCUGCGUUCUGCUGGUCAGAAGCGAGUCCCCGGUCCCACACACACAAGGGCCACAUCUACUGUCCCUGCUACUGGAGACUCUGCCUGCAGGAGAGAGAUGACCUCUGGACAGAGCACCGUACCAGCGGAGGCGUGGGACUAUGAGGAGACAUGGUAGACCAGGCCAGGGACAGCCCGCAGCUCUGGACGGGGAGAGGAGACCCAAGACCAAAGGCCGGGAAGCUCGCCUCAGUGUGGGAGGCGGCCCAGGGCUUCGUGCGGUGAGAAGUCGGGAGAAAUAGCCGUGGGGGUCUACUGUGUCCUCGCCCCAAAUAUAUUAACUCAAAUCCCAUCAGACCUUCGGACACGACUCCAGUGACAGGAAAUACGGGGACCCGGAGCCACGGAAUGCCACCAGUAGGAAACACUCUGAGAAAAUCUGCAAAGUGAGACCCUUUCCAUGACAACUGGCCUGGCUUCUCCAACAGGACAAUAUCACACAGAAAUAAGGGACAGGCAUAAAAACACAACGCAACGCUUGGACCGUGGUUCUAAAAGAGCAAGUAUGGGAGCCACUGGGGUGCACGAUGGGGACUCUGGGUACGGACCGGCAUCAGAUUGUAUUUGGGAAUUAUUAAACAUGACCACGCUGCAAUGGUCACAGAGGAGAAAAUCCUUAUUUCCUGGAAGUGUGGGACGGUGUAGCCCACAGCAAACCGCAUGAGAACUGUAACCUAUUUGAUAAUGGGUCAGAAAAACCUGGAAGGUCAUAGCAGAAAAACAAAAUGUGCUCAGACCCGGGAAUGGGACUGUGCGCUGCGACAGCGUCUCCGAUAGAUUCCGACAGCCCCUUCCUCGUCCGUCUCGGCCACGCUGCGCACGGCCCUCAGACGUCCACGGCACUCGGCUCCGUGACCUCUCGCUUCAGGGACAUCACUCAGAAGACACUGGGGCACCUUUGGGCUAAAAAUGACUUCAAUAACCAAGGGCUUAAUUUUCUUGCAGAACAAGAAGUCUGGGGGCAGCAGCGGUCAGCAUGGGCUCAGCGGGCCCACGACGCCCUGCGGGAGCCGAGAUCUUUCUGUGUCCCUGCUCCCCCGCACUGGGGCAGUGGGUGUCAGAUUCACACCUGCGUCCCGUCUGCACCUGGCUCAGGAGCCGUCAGUGGGAGAAGGAGGGGACAGGCUGGCAUUGGUCACCGUCCCUCCCACGGGUCUUUGUCGACCAUUUCCACUUUGGCCAUAACUGGCCCGUGGACCACUGAGCCGGAUGGGACGUCCCCUAGGGGCAAGCGAGAGAGCGGGUGUUUCGACUUGGGGCCGGGAGUCGUAGCGUCCAGGCUUUACGUCCCGGCAUCUCCUACUACCUCUAAGUGCAUCAGCCAAGUGGACUCCUUUAGCGGGUAUUCACAGACAAUGAAAGGGAAACAAAACAUUUUUUAAAAUUUGAUUUGAAAAAGGAUUGAAUUUGGGGCGGACGGACCAUUCCCUCCUCCCACUAGCAUUUAACAAGCCGCCAGCUACACAGCAAGCCUUGGGCUGAAAACCCGAGAGCCCAGGAUGAAGGAGGGAUGCUUCCCAGCCCCAGAGAGGGAGUACCACAGCAGGGACCAGCGGAAAGUGGAAACGAGUAGGGAGGAACCUAUCAAAGAAACACAAGGAGGCACAGAUAAACCAGCCGGGGGGACCCAGUGGAGAAAACUUGGCCCACAUGACGGCCUGGUGACGAGGCCAGCUGGCUGCCCGCGGCUGGCGGGACUCCUCUCCUGAUGGUUCACGCACGUUCUUCAAAGAGUCUCCGCACUCAGCCGCAGGGAAGAUGUGCGUGACGUGGAGUCGGAGUCUGUUCUGGCUCUGCUGCUCAUGAGCUGCGUGGGAUCUAGUCUGACGCUGAGCUCGGGGAGCCCCGCACGAACCACUAGCAUCUCGGAACACGUCCCGCCCCGUGGGGACACGCGUUUCCAGCGCUGGGGUCCUGCGGCAUCGCCGACGUGGGGCUUGGGGGAGCGACGGUCGGCUGGCGCCCGGUAUGUCGUUUUGCAGAAUGAACCGGACGUGACUCACGAGGGCAAAUCUGUGCCUGGAGGUCCCGGGGAGCGAGGGCUGAGCGCUCUGUGGCCUUGCAGCAGGACGGCCCGGGCCACGGAGCAAACCUGCCUCCCCAGGCCGGCAUUUCCCGGAGCCUCGCAGGGACAAGUGGCCCCCAAGCAGGCGGCUUCCCGUGGGACGCACUUGAAGUCAGGAAGGAGUCGAGUAACUUUGCAUCUGCCAGACUGAGAGAGAGACUACAGGCUGUCAUCGCCGCUCUGACGUGAGCAUUCUUUUCCUCACAGAAAGUCUUCACCUCUCCUUUUUUGGUCACUUAAGCUCUCUUGCUGGUGGUUUUAAAAUGUCCUUUAUUCCAUGACAUUAUAGGAAAAGCGCUUUUGGAGCCAUAGUUUAGUUAUAAACGAGUCCUGCACAACUGUUUUUUAUUUCCAUUUUGUUUCACUGACUGAGAAUGUAAAUUGAACUCCAGUGCUAUUGUGCUUUGUUCUCUGCUCUCUUGGAAAUGUGUUCUGAAUUAAAGCCCACGAAUAAACCAGAGAGGCCUAAAUAUUGCCCUUCAGCUUUGGAGUAGCCUGUGAGCCAAGAACAGAUAGAGAAUGUGGUUUUAUGAGCCCCAGAUGGCGCAGUGGGUGUCACGGAUGUCUUUAUGGGAGAGGUCAGGGGUUCAGUCUCCAUCUGGAGCCGCCCCAGAGCCGCUCUGGAUCUCAGGGGGUCAGCGUGGAUCCCGGGCCGGGACCCGGUGCCUUGUCCACCUUGGCACCGGGCCUCCGUCAGUCCGGGUCAGCGGCCUCGCUCUGGACGCGUGCCUGUUGCGGAAGCCUGCGCCCCCUCAGCGGGGGACCUCAGGGCACCCUCUCGCCUGUUCCUGGAGCAAGGGGGCGGCUCCCAGGGCGCUUUCUGGUCACCAGGGCUGCAGUCCUUGCAGAGGCAGGGACUAGAAGUUUCAGGGACCACUGCGCUUCUCCGCAGAGCGGACAUAAAUCAGACGUCAUCAAGGCCUUUGUUUCUCUUGAACCGGAAAGUCCUAAGGGACCGGUGGGCACGUAGUUACAGUUCACUGCCUGACUUCCAGUUUAAACCAGCAUUCUGCAGUUCGGGAAGAGCCCCGCAGCACUGGGAGUGCCAUCCUGGUCCGAGGCGCGUUCUCGCUGCGGGCACAGCAUCCGGCCGAGGCAGCCGUCGUCCUGCAAAACCCAAACUCGUCCCCACGCCCUCUGCCCCCAGCCCUUGGCAGCCUUUGCUCCUGGACUCUGGCUGGUCCCAUGGGUACCCCUCCCCGCCGCCUCCCGAGCCGGUGCACCAGCAAGAACCGUGUCCCAUGGGGGCAGCCGGUGCCGGGGUCGGGCCUCCUCCGGCAGGUGGAGGGCAAGCAGAGAGGGCUGCUAGUAGCUUCUGGAGGUUUCCAUCGGGUCACCGGGCCCCCCAGCCGUCUCUGAGGCUGUGGCAGCGCCCGUCUGCCCGCGAGUGGGCCUGGACCAAGGGUACGAAGAGAGAGCCGUGGGAAAGAGCUGUGGGCCAUUGGGACUGGCAUUUUGAUCUCCGACGGGCUUGUUCGACAACCGGCUCAGAGCUCCGGAAGAGACGCGGUGCUCCUUGUGGGGCCCCCGCCCCAAACCCAACAGGGGCCUGAGACCACGGUGCACACUGCUCGUCUUGGAGCCCUUGCCCGCGCGUCUCUGCGGAGUCCCCCACUGGCCACUUGGCCCGCGGCUCCUGCCUGUCCUGGGAGCCUGAGCCGGCCCCUUGGCCGGGCGCCAGACCAGCCCCGCACCCACAAUCCCCCUGGGCCUGCUCCCACCACCCCGGGGAGGCGGCCGCCGCGAUCUUGCUGGUUUUCCCACAACCUGCUCCUUCUGCACGGCUCCCGGUGAGCUCAUCGGGCUUCCCCCUCCUCCGAGGCCUUAGCGCGGGCCCUUGGUCUCCCGCGUGGGUCUCCUGAGCCGGCUUGUCUCGCUCGUCACCGUCACACCGAGGCGGCACAUUGGCCGCAGGACACUGUGAGCCUGGCCUGCCUGCAGCGGUGCCCUGCGCCUCGCGGGGUCAGAACGGCUCUGCAGCCAGAGACAGCCUUUGUUUGACUCCGAUGGGCAUCCCCGGCAGAAGUCACUGGACGUUUUCCGGCAUCUCAACAGAGUAACCGACUCAUUUGUCUUGAUUUAACAAUUACAUUUAUUCAGCAGGUAAAUGCGGUCUAUGUGCAUGGGAGGCUUUGCUGGUCUUUGAGGACUCGAACUCGUGCCCGGCAGAGUGUGAGGCUCACGGAGCACCAGCCACUGCGCUACGGCUGUUCACGUCACUUGAGUGCCGUACGGUUAGAAAUAGGACGAUUUAUAAAGAUGCAGAAAUUAAGAAAAUCACUAACUAUAUAAAAUUAUUAUUACUAAUAUCUUGUUUUUAAGUGUGAACUGCACCAUCUCCAAAUAUUUCUUCUUUAAAGACUGUUCCUU